AUGUCGGCAUUUGGCUUAAUGUUGGAGCUCCUAUGUGGACUUUCUAUGACGCUAGUUUGUGAGACUACACAGAACAAAUGUGACUCUCUACUGGAGCUAUAUAACAGUGUUCUCCAACCUAACAUGUCCAGAAUUCCGCCUUUUACUGAUAACAAGAAUGUUACUGGUGUAAGUCUUGGUAUCAGCAAACCAUCAAUUCUUCAUUUAGACAACGCAGAACAAACAUUACUAUCAUCUGUGAUCAUCACACUUCUUUCGAACGAUUCACGAAUAACGUGGGAUCCUGCCAAUUUUGCGAAUUAUACAUUGAUAGAACUUGAUCAAGCUGAUGUAUGGACCCCACUUAUAAUGAUCCAGAACGCUGCUGAUGGAACAAAGCUGCUACAAAGUCCAAUCCCGGUUGUGACUCGGUACUAUGGAUUGUGUAUUCUGAGCACUAUAGAUGUUUAUAAGACAAGCUGUAAAAUUGACGUUUCGAGUUACCCGUUCGAUACGCAAGAAUGUGUCAUAGUUUUGGCUUCUGCAUAUGGAUUUCCUGUGAUGCUUCAUCCGUUCGUGAAUGAACUUUCAGACGAAAUAGCCAACUUACAAACAGAAAAUGGAGAAUGGAAUAUUACUGGAAUGAGUGUUAACAUGACAGAACUGAAUUACGGGGUGUUUGCCGUCAAAAUGUAUCUGACUUUGAAAAGAAGAUACACGUUUUAUGUGAUCAACAUCAUUUUCCCCAUGGGUCUACUCACAGUACUUAACUCCAUGGUGUUCCUUCUGCCCGCAAGCUCCGGGGAGAAGAUGGGAUUCAUAAUGACCGUCUUUAUGGCCCACGCCGUUUUUCUGAACAUCAUUCAAAACUCCCUGCCGACGACGUCAGACCACAUCUCCAAACUUUCACUUUAUUUAGUUCUGAAUGAGAUUCAAGGUUUCUUGGCCAUAGCCGGGGCCAUUAUUGUCGAAAAUCGCUAUCACGAUGCACCGAAAGUCAAAGAACAUGACUUUCCCGGCUGUAUCCACAAAUGGGGAAAGCCUGUUUUACAAGGACAGGAGUUGAAUGAAUCGGCACAGACGUCAACACCAGACGAGAACCGGCACGGUGCUAGUGGAAAUGGAAUCACUGGUUUGUUGAAGCAGAAAUGUGGCAACAUCAGCGAUCGGCAUUUGGAUGCUGUGUUCUUUUGGCAACAUCAGCGAUCGGCAUUUGGAUGCUGUGUUCUUUAUAAUCUCAUUCAUUAUUGCCUUUGGUAA